GAUCCGAUACUUCGGGCCGCAAGCCGCCCAUGAGUAGGCAAUUUGGGUCGAUUCGGAUCCGGUGUCCCCACUAAUAAAUGAGGAUUCCCAAAUAUGGAUAUAGCCCUGAGCCUUUAAGGCUUGUGCGACGCCGCUAGGGAGUAUCCAUCGGCUCUAGGGCCAGGCAGGCCAAUCUUGUCGAUGGAGGAUUACUGUUAUUCGCGGGUUGCCCAAGAGGCUUGAUCACAGCGCCACACCGAGGGCUAUUUCAGAGUAUAAAUGUCAGUACGUCUCAGUAUGAACCAACCACUCUGCGAGUGGUAUAGAAUAUUACCUUUAUGAAUUGAUAUUCGAAUAUUUGGAUUAUUUGGAGUAUUUGGAGUAAAAAACUGGAAGAACGUGUCGCAAUUUGUCAAUGCCCCAAACCAUUUACAAUGACUACAUUAACAUCACUAUCUUCAAAGGCCGUCACGAUCCUGGGGGCUGGAACACAAGGAAGAAGGCUUGCUUUCAUGUGGACGCGACUAGGAAGACCUGUCUAUCUGAUUGAUCAAAAUAACGAGCAGCUUUCAAGAGCGUGGACUGAUAUUCAGUCUUUGCGCAGUUCGAAAGAGUUCGAAUAUAUAAGCAAGGAUUUUGAUAGUUGGGGUUCUGUCUCUCUAACACCAGCUUCAUCUUCGGAUUUCAAGAAGGCUCUGCGCGACUCUUGGCUGGUUGUUGAGUCUGUUCCAGAGAAACUGGAUCUCAAGAGAAAGGUACUGGAGCAGCUUAGCGAAGCAUCAAGCCCAGAGAGCAUCAUUGCGUCCAAUUCAAGUAGUUAUUCCAUCUCAGAAAUUCUACAAGGAUUAAAAGUCAAGAAUAACGAGCGCUUCGUUAGCUUACAUUCCUAUUGGCCACCAGAGACUCCAGCAAUUGAGAUUAUGGGUUCUGAGCAGACAAAGCCCGAGAUCAUCGAUCUACUGAUGGAAGAGACCAGAAAACACGGUUUCCAGCCUUUCCAUGUUCGACGUCAAUCCACAGGGUACAUUUACAACAGAAUAUGGGCAGCCAUCAAAAGAGAGGCUCUUUUCGUCGUUCAAGAAGGGGUUGCGACGCCCAAAGAAGUUGAUGAUAUUUUCAAAAACGUCCUAAAGACGCCAUCAGGACCGUUUCAGCUAAUGGAUGUGGUUGGACUUGAUGUUGUACUAGAUAUUGAGAAUCAUUAUGCCGAGGAUCGAGCUGGAAUUCCUGAAGAACCAAGAGUUCUUUUGAAAGACAUGAUCGCCGAGAAGAAACUUGGAGUGAAAACUGGAAGAGGGUUUUAUGAAUAUUAACGAAAUAUCACCAAGCAAUGAGCGUUAGAAAAUCAAGAAAUUAUCAUUGGAA